ACGCGGGAAAAUAGCGAGUGCGAUCGGAUCACUGUAUCAAACUCCUGCCAGUGAGAGCGAGCGGAAUCAAAGGCACCGCGCGCAGGAACAGCGAUACAUGUAACAUUGGGAAUGACUGACUUUAUUAUUAAACGACUAACGGCAGGACGUUAACCUUCCGUCUGCACUUAUUUUCACUUUGGAUUUUUUUUAAAUAUAUUUUAAGAACGGUUUUAAGAUCCAUUUUUUUUUUACUGCACUUAAUGGAAAUGGCUGACAGCAAACAUCAAAUGAUAUUUUGUAACGAUUCGCCAAAAAGAGUUUUGGUGUCCGUGAUCAAAACGACCCCGAUCAAACCGAAAGCGGAUUCUCUGAUGCCCACCAGCCCCGGAUUCAGUGACUUCAUGGUUUAUCCGUGGCGUUGGGGUGAAAACGCGCACAAUGUGACUCUGAGUCCCGGAUCGGGCAGCGGUACCGGAUCCCCGACCCGAAACAGCGCUUCUCCCGCCGAAUCCGAUCUCAACUCCUGCCCGGAGCACUUAAAGGAUGGGAUCCGGCGUGGACGCCCGCGGGCCGAAACCGUUCGAGAGCUGAUCAACGAGGGCGAAAACUCAACCAGUCGCAUCCGAUGCAACAUCUGCAACCGGGUCUUUCCCCGGGAGAAGUCCCUGCAGGCGCACAAGCGGACACACACCGGCGAGAGACCGUAUCUGUGCGAUUAUCCGGACUGCGGGAAAAGGUUUGUCCAGAGCGGACAGUUGAAGACCCAUCAGCGCCUCCACACUGGAGAGAAGCCCUUCGUCUGCUCGGAGAAAGGAUGCGGUAGCCGGUUUACUCACGCUAACCGCCACUGUCCCAAACACCCGUACGCUAGACUGAAGCGCGAGGAGCCGACGGGCGGCCCGGGACAAUCACACGGAGCCGACAACAAGGCUGUCGCCGAAUGGCUGACAAAAUACUGGCAGACGAGGGAACAGCGGUCGCCCCCGCCGGAGAAAGGAAAGACUCUGAGUAAAGCCACUAUCGAGGAUCAGGAACAGCAGGAUCCUCUAGACUUCCUUCCAUCGGACGAAGGAGAAGACGACGAGCAAGAGGACGAGAAGAACGCGGGAACGGCACGCCGGCGUCUCCAAGAGCAGAGAGAGCGUCUACACGGUGCGCUCGCGCUCAUCGAGCUAGCUAACAAUCUCUCGGCCUGAGGAGAACACCAGACGUGGACUUUCCUCGCGUCGUAUAAGCUACAAGCACCUUAUUUUGCUUCCUAUUGUACCUUUAGGCUGCUAUGAUGGUAGAUAAAUAUCAUUAUGAAGAAUGUUGUUCUGUUUUCUCCGCUUGAUAAGCAGGUGGGACGUCGUUUUGUUUGUUUUUUGUUUCGUUGAGCACUUUGUGUACAUGUCAUGAGUGUUUUUCUUUUUGGGUUUGUGGGUGGAGUUGUUGUGCGUGUUAUUUUUUAAAAGGAUUUUAGUGUGUGUGUGUGUGUGUGUGUGUUUUGAAACAGGGUGCGCUGAUCGACCUGCUAAAGAUGAAGACUUGUUUACGAAGGAUCGUUAAAGGCUGGCUUUCAUGUACACAGGUGAAACUAUGAUGCAAAAGUUCA